AUGCCCGCCCAUCACAGCCUCACGAUCCGCGUUCCACUCCCUAGCAUGCUCCCAGCGGAGGCCGUAAUCGAAACCCUCCAGUCGCAGUCGCCAGUCAUUCGUCACCAGCCGCUCAUAACCCGCUUCGAGAAAGUGCCAGUCUUACUCGACAGCAUCGUCGACGACGAGUUCUUCCUCGAGACUGGGCUCAAGAUCGCAUCAUACAAAGUCUACGAGAAAGUGACGGUCGUGCCGGGUGUCAAGACUGAAAUAUCCUUUCCCGCAAUCCUGCAGAACAUCCCCAACGGUCUGCGCUCGCGCGCCUCGGCCCCCGGCGGCGUCCGGGUCUGGAGCGAGUGGCUCGUCGUGCCCCGCCCCGCCGAGCGAUGGCCGGGCGAGCACAGCUCUGGCAAGCUCGUAGGCUACGUCGAGGGCGACUAUGACCUCGUCGAGACGACGAGGGUCGAGACAAGCCGGAUGCUGAUGCCCCUGGUCAAGGGGCAGAUGGAAAGUGCGCACCGGGACAUGGUGCGCAAGAUGUUGGACGAGGUAGCGCAGAGAAUCGGUCGCGUCAAAAUAUAA